CGCCAGUAAACACUGGAGAAGAAAAAGCUGAUGCUCGUCUGAACCGCUUUAGCCCCUCGAUUUAUAAAAAUAAAAGCACAUUAUUGUGUCUGGCUCUGAGGAUUUAAACCCCUGAGGGAGACGAGGCAGCCUACAGAGAGGAGGUCCUGAAGUUGGCAGCCUGGUGUUCAGAAAAUAACCUCGCUCUGAACACCAAGAAAACCAAAGGGCUCAUUGUUGACUUCAGGAAGCACAGCACCGACCUAGCCCCCCUCUACAUCAACAACGAGUAUGUGGAGCGGGUCCACACCUUCCGGUUUCUCGGCGUCCUCAUCUCUGCCGACAUCUCCUGCUGUGUGAGGACAUGAAAACCGAGAUAUCCAGGGAUGGAGGGACGUCAGAAGUCCGUGUGAAGAAAGAGGAGAUGCUGGAGCUGAAAAUCUACAACCAUGGAGACAACCUCGAUAAUCCACCUGAAGGUCUCUCUGUUAAAGUGGAAGAUCCUGACAAUAAAGACUACCUCUACUGCGAAUUUUGCAAAUCCUUCUUCCUCAACAAAUGUGAGAUUCAUGGACCGCCCCUCUUCAUCCCAGAUACUUUUGUUCCCAUGGGAGUCCCUGACCGAGCCAGACAAACUCUUCCUCCUGGGCUAGAAAUCCGGAAGUCCAGUAUCCCUGAUGCAGGCCUUGGAGUGUUUAAUAAGGAGGGUACUGUUCCAGUAGGUGCACAUUUCGGACCCUACCAGGGAGAGUUGGUAAACGGAGAGGAAGCCAGGAACAGUGGAGACUCCUUGGUUGUAUACAGGAGCAUGCAGUGUGAACAAUACAUUGAUGCCAAAAGAGAAAUGCAUGUGAAUUGGAUGAGGUAUGUGAAUUGUGCCCGUAAUGAAGAAGAACAGAAUCUUGUGGCAUUUCGGUAUCGAGGGGGAAUUCUGUAUCGGUGCUGUCGACCCAUUAACCCAGGACAUGAGCUCUUGGUGUGGUAUGAAGAGGAGUACACCAAAGAACUCAGUCCUGCACCUACAGGAACAACCAGACAGCAAGAAGUAAAGAACGCUGAAGUAAAUAAUGCACUGCUGCAAGUCUUUUCCUGCUCCACAUGUCCUCGUUCCUAUACAUCUCAAAUUUACCUCGGCAAACACAUCCAGAGAUGCCACUAUAAAGAGUAUGUGGGAUUACCGGAAUCAGGAGAGAUUAAAUAUGAGCUUCAGAUCCCCUCCAGAUGUCAGCCAACAUCAACUAAUACUCUCAGUUCUGACACUUCUCAUGAUGCUAUACAGAAGGAAAUUCACCACUGCUCAGACUGUGGAAAGAGUUUUGGUCAUCAGAAUGCAUUCAAGAUGCACCAGCACAUUCACACAGGAGGAAAGCCACAUCACUGCUCACAGUGUGGGAAGAGUUUUACUGGACAGAGCGAUCUCCAACGACACCAACGCAUUCACACAGGAGAGAAGCCGUAUCACUGCUCACAGUGUGGGAAGAGUUUUACUGUACAGAGUGCUCUCCAACAACACCAGCGCAUUCACACAGGAGAGAAGCCAUAUCACUGCUCACAGUGUGGGAAGAGUUUUACUGGACAGAGUGAUCUCCAACGACACCAACGCAUUCACACAGGAGAGAAGCCGUAUCACUGCUCACAGUGUGGGAAGAAUUUUACUGGACAGAGUGAUCUCCAACGACACCAACGCAUUCACACAGGAGAGAAGCCGUAUCACUGCUCACAGUGUGGGAAGAGUUUUACUGUACAGAGUGCUCUCCAACAACACCAACGCAUUCACACAGGAGAGAAGCCGUAUCACUGCUCACAGUGUGGGAAGAGUUUUACUCGGCAGGGUGAUCUCCAACAACACCAGCGCAUUCACACAGGAGAGAAGCCGUAUCACUGCUCACAGUGUGGGAAGAGUUUUACUCAGCUGAGUGCUCUCCAACGACACCAGCGCAUUCACACAGGAGAGAAGCCGUAUCACUGCUCACAGUGUGGGAAGAGUUUUACUCGUCAGUGUCAUCUCCAACGACACCAGCGCAUUCACACAGGAGCGAAGCCGUAUCACUGCUCACAGUGUGGGAAGAGUUUUACUCAGCAUAGUGAUCUUCAACGACACCAGCGCAUUCACACAGGAGAGAAGCCGUCUCACUGCUCACAGUGUGGGAAGAGUUUUACUCAGCAUAGUGAUCUUCAACAACACCAGCGUGUUCACACAGGAGAGAAGCCGUCUCACUGUACGCAGUGUGAAAAGAGUUUUACUCAGCAUAGUGAUCUUCAACAACACCAGCGCGUUCACACAGGAGAGAAGCCGCAUCACUGUACACAGUGUGGUAAGAGUUAUACUUAUCGAAGUGCUCUCCAAAUACACCAGCGUGUUCACACAGGAGAGAAGCCGUUUAACUGCUCACAGUGUGGGAAGAGUUUUAGUGAACGGAGUGCUCUCCGACGACACCAGCGCAUUCACACAGGAGAGAAGCCACAUCACUGCUCACAGUGUGGCAAGAGUUUUACUCGGCAGAGUAAUCUCCAACAACACCAGCGCAUUCACACAGGAGAGAAGCCAUAUCACUGCUCACAGUGUGGGAAGAGUUUUACUGAACGGAGUGCUCUCCGACGACACCAGUACAGUCACACAGGAGAGAAGCCGUAUCACUGCUCACAGUGUGGGAAGAGUUUUACUCGUCAGAGUACUCUCCAGCAACACCAGUGCAUUCACACAGGAGAGAAGCUGCAUCAUUGAUCAUAGUGUGGAAAGAUAUUUACUUAUUCAGUUACAUUUAAGACCUACAAGUACACUAACUCAGAGACAUUGCAUGAUUUAAAGUAAUCACAUUAAAUAUGGAUCUGAUUAUGACUGUUUUGGCUGAAAAUGACCUGUAAUUUGAAAUUUAUUGUUCAUGUUACAUGACUGUUUUAAAAUAUGUACCUUUAUAGUGAUGUUUAAAACAAGAUUAUUGUUUUCU